UAUCCUAGCAACGGGCAGUAGGGGCUGUUAAGCCGCCUGGACCUGCCGCCGCCAAAAUGGAGACGGAUGUGUCCGAUGUCAGCAACCCCUUUUUAGUAGAAGACAACAUGACUCUGGACCCAGACCUGAACGACACUGACAACUAUGGCGUCCCGGACCCCGGGCUGCUCGAAGAACGUGAGCUGUCGUUCUCGAAGCUGGUCCCGAAGCUUUUCAUGAGGAGCACGACCCCCAACGCCCGCGCCCGCCUGCUGUGGCUGCUGCUGCGGAGAAGCCUCCGCAACAUCUUGGAGAAGGAGAAGAGGUCCGACUGGAAGUUCCGUUUAGAGGGUCGCUGCCUGUUGCCUUGCGGGCCCUCGCUGCAGCCCCAGUUAAGCUGCGCAGGUGCCCUCACGCGCCUGGCUCUGGGGCCCCUGGCUCCCAACUACGUCCCUCGCUGCUUCGCGGCCUAUGGCUCGGCUGUGCUCACCUUCGAUCUGCGCACCUGGACUGUCACAGACGUGCGCCAGGAUCUCCACAAAACCACCAUCUCUGACCUGGCGUACUGCGGGGAGAUGGAGGCCAUGGUGACAGCUUCCCGAGACAGCACGGUGAAGGUGUGGGGGGCUGACUGGCAGAUCCGGAUGGUGUUCGUGGGCCACACAGGCCCGGUGACAGCUAUGGCCGUGCUCCCCAACACGACCCUGGUGCUGUCCGCCUCUCAGGACGGGACGCUCCGCACGUGGGACCUGCAGGCAGUGGCUCAGGUGGGCGAAGUGAUGCUGAGCUACUGGGGCCAGAGCACGCGGUCAGAGAGUGUGAACCAGCUGCUGGCGCCCGUGCUGCUCCGCAAGAGCCCGCUGCCGCUCCCCGCGCCCCGGCCCUGCUGCCUGCACCUCUACAGCCACCUCACUGACCCAAGGAGCGCGUUCUCCACCUGGGAGACGGUGCGCCAGCGCAAAGGUGAGGUGGGCCACAGCGACAUCCGAACCUGGAAGGAGAAGAACAGGUACCUGCCGGUGGUGGGGCACACGGACGGCACCUUGUCGGUGCUCAGCUGGCACACGCUGGAGCCCGUCUUCCACACGGAGGCGCACAGCCCGGGCCCGGUCACUGCCAUCGCAUCGACCUGGAACAGCGUCGUGACCUCCGGCGGGGACUUAAUGGUGAAGAUGUGGCGUAUGUUCCCCUACUCGGAGGAGAGCCUGAGCCUGCUACGCACCUUCUCCUGCUGCCACCCCGCCCUGGCGCUGUGCGCGCUCCGGAGGAACAUUAUGGUGGCCUUCGAGGACCCCGACAGCGCCACCUACGGGCUGGUGCAGAUUGGCCUGCACAACAGCCAGCGCUAUGACCACCGGCCCCAGGACGACCACUUGGACCACAUCACUGGCCUGUGCUGCUGCCCCACACUCAAGCUGUACGCCUCCUCCAGCCUGGACUGCACCAUGCGGAUCUGGACCACCGAGAACCGCCUGCUGCGACUCCUGCAGCUGAACGGAGCGCCUCAGGCUCUGACCUUCUCCAGCAACAAUGGAGACCUGGUGCUGGCCCUGGGCUCCCGCCUCUGCCUGGUAUCCCACAGGCUCUACCUGCCCACAGCCUACCUGGUUAAGAAGCUGUGCCAGAAGCCCCCCGAUGGGCUCGAUGACCCCCCCCUGCCGCUGACCACCCAGGAGUCGCUGACUUCAUUCCAGCUGCAGAGGUUGUCCAGCCUGCAUGGGGUGGCCAGCCUCAGUUCAGCCAGCAGGCCUGCUGAGCCAACCCGGAGACUCCCACCCAGCUGCCCUGGCUCAAGGUCUGGCUGUGUGCCCCCAGUGUCCCAGCACGAAGUCCCAGGGCUCCCAGGCCCCUGGGGCCACCUCAAGCCUGUCCCAGCCCUGGCACCCCCCUCCUGUCUCCUGUGCCCCCUCAGGGGCCUGGCCACCCUCCUGAAUGACUGUCCCGGCCUCAGUCCAGUCCCGCUUAGUGUACCUCCUAUCAUCUCUGUCUACAGCUCGGCCUUGUCUUUCUUCCGCCACUGGACGGCGGUACCUCAGCAGCCGCUCUUGAAGGAGGACCUGGAACCCUUAUCUGCCCGGGACCAAGACCUUCAACAGCUGAGACGGGGUCAGGUGGUGCCAGCAGCCCGGGCCCCGCUCUCCUGGCAGCAGCAACUGGAGGCCUUUGACAACUACUUGUAUCUGGUCUACGGCCCGGCCCUGCUGGGCAUGCAUCCCAGGACAGAGUCCCAGCAGUGGCCCAGCAUGGCCAUCACCGUGGAGAAGAACGGGGAUGUGUCCACCCUCCCGAGCGUCACCCCCAGUCUGGCGAAGGCUGGGGUCUGCACGGACUCCCCCAAAAUGCUGCCUCCACGGGACCUGGGGGCCCUGAGCCAGCGCUUCGCCCACCCUCCCCGAGUCACCCUGCCCAUCCCACCCACCCACCAGCGGGAACACAGCAGGGCAUCCCAGCUGCUGGCCCACUCCUCCCUGAGCUCCUUCCUGGGCCUCAGCGUGGACCUGCAGCUGCAGUCGGAGCAGCUCCAACAGGAGAGGCCUGCGGCCCCAGAAGCACCGACUUCCCACCUGAAGCACAGGGUCCCGCUGCUGCUGGAAAGGCGGCCCAAAGAGCUCCUCUCCGACCUCGGGGGCUUCUUUCCUGCCUCUGCUCAGCACUACAAGAACCUGCGGAGGCCCAUCCACUUCCCAGGCUGGGUCCCCAACUCCGUGGUGCUGCAGCAGAUGUGGCUGCCCCAGGAGGUCAGCGGCCUGGGGAACCUCCCUCAGCUGACUGCCCGAGACUCCUCUAAGCCAGCGGGCAGCCAGGAGGACCUGUGGCUGUUGCGGGGCAGACAGCCCCGCACCAGGAGCCAGAUCCAGUGGUCGGAUGAGGGGGACGAGGACCUGGACCUGGACCUGGAGCUGGACUGGACCUUGGACUAUCCCCUCUCGUCUCCGGAGCCCUCCCAGGAACUGCUGACGUUUGAGACGGCAGUGACGCAGGGGCGCGCCCCCAGCAGGGCUUCGGUGAGUGGAGCAGAGAGGGAAGCGAGGCUUUCCGUGGUCACCACGACCCUCCACGCCGCCACCACCAUCCAGAGAUAUGAGUUCUUGGCCAAGAGACGCAUCCAGGAGACCACUGCCAGGACAGAGACCUUUCUCCGCCGCCACCAGCACCGCCUCGGGCACUCGCUCUGGGAACUGCGCUACGGGCACCUGCCCAGGUUCCUGCGUUUCUUUGUCAUCCAGAACUGGUUCAAAAAGCUCUUCGACGGCCUGGCCUCGCGGCUCAUGGACCUGCUGAAGGAGGCCUCCUGGGAGGACCGUGUGCACAUCCUGCGGGCGCUGCUGAGGCUGCUGCCCGAGAUGAGCAAAACCCUCUACAAGAAGCUGCAGGAGACCCUCAAGUACCUGCUCAACCUGGACGAGCCCCCCAACCUCCAGGAAAAGACCCAGAGGCAGUUCGUGAUGCUGGCUCUGCAGCUGCAACUGGCCUGCUCCCUGGAGUCCCGCGAGGUGGUGCUGGAGCUCAUGUCCUACCUCCUCUACUCGCCAGCCUCCUGCAGGCCUGAGCUCAAGAAGCUGCUGGAAGGGCUGGGCCUCCAGGACCCGGAGGGCUUCCUGUUCAGGGAGAUGAUGACCUGGGUGCAGGACCCGGACCUGCACUGCAAGGCCGUGCUGCGCAGAUGCUGUUCCCAGAAGCUGGAGGAGAUGACCCACCUCCUGGAGGUGGGGGGCGGGGGGGGGGCCCUGCCAGUGGAACCUCUUGCCUUCGCCCAGGGCUUUCCCCAGGGAAGGUUGAGAACCACUGCUCUAGACCCACGGCACCUGUCCUCCCAGUCCCGCCUCUCUCGGGAUCUUCCUGCUUCUUCCUGGGAGGGAGUCUGCAGCGGGGUGCAGCUGGGGUCCAGGAGCAGCACCCCGAUUUGGCCUCCUGCCCCCCCCCUCCCCUCUCCCCCGCAGGUAGAAUCCUUGCAGCCCUCAGUUGCCAGGUUGUCGGAGGUGCUGCCCAAGGUCUCCGAGACGGUGCUGUCGCCGGUCUCCUCGAGGCCCUCGGUGCACUCCGCACUCUCCACCGUCUCCUGGACACGCUUGCAGCCGGGCUUGCCCAGAGACCUGGGCCCCGUGACCCUGGAUCCCCAGGUCCAGCAGCUGAUCUCGCAGCUCCCCGUCCGCCACAGCCACCGCACGCUCUCGGAGAGCCUGAUGCCCUUCUCCUCCGUGCCCGACAUCCACGUGCGCUCCUCGGCGCCCGACGCGAUGCCCGACCACCCACUGCCGCUGGAGCAGACAGACUGGUCGCGGUCGAAGAUGCUGGACCUGGGGCCGAUCGACGCGCUCAACUUCUUCUGCAAGCAGCGGAGGAGCUGCCUGCAGGAGGCGGACAGGGACCAGAGGCCACACCUGCUGCCGCCCAACAACCUCCGUCCCUGCAGUCUGCAUCUGACGCUCUAUCCACUGAGCUGCACCAGCCAGGGCUCACACCCACCUUCUUACCACCCUAGGCUUGACCCCAUUCUCAGGCUCCAGGAGAUCAAGCUCCAGGGAUCUGCAGUGAGACUGAGGGGCCAGAUGCUGGCCCGGCACGGUGAGAGCCGCACCCUCGACGGCUCCAUCCGGACGCUGAAGCUGCCGCUGCCUCCAGCCCUGCAGCGCUACUUCCUGCCGGACCUUGCAGACCCGGACUUCUACCGCUGA